CAGAAGACAGCUCCUCGUAGUAAAGAAGCUCCUUCUGCCCGUCACAAGAGGCAGUCGGGCCGUUCAACUAGUGCAAGCACAACCUCUUCGGGGCCUGCCGGUGACCAGAAUGAACUCCUUGCCAGAAUUUCUCACCUGGAGGUAGAAAAUCAAAACCUUCACAGUGUUGUUGCAGACCUUCAGAUGGCCAUCUUCAAGCUGGAAAGCCGCCUGAAUGCUCUGGAAAAGUCAUCUACGUCCCACCAGCCUUCACCAGUUCCUCCAACCCAGAAAGUGGAGCCAUUCAGUGUUCCUUCCAAGAAAGUGGAGCUCCCGUCCGCUUCACCGGCAAAGAAAGUCGAGCCGGCGGCUGCAGAGGAAGAUGACGACGAUGACAUCGAUCUUUUUGGGAGUGACGAUGAAGAGGAAGACGAAGAGGCUGCCAAAGUCCGGGAGGAGAGACUGCGUCAGUACGCAGAGAAGAAAGCCAAGAAACCGGGUCUUAUUGCCAAGUCCUCCAUCCUUCUGGAUGUGAAACCG